AUGCCAAGGACGGUUGAAAUUUCCCGAUCCAAGGUAAAAUACUGCAUGGACGAGUGAGUGUAUUGCUGAAAUGAUUUUUAGGUGCGUAGCAUUGUUUUCGGUGGAUCGGAGACAGUGGCCGUCGCUUUGCAGUCCGAUCUGAUUCCUCUGGUGGACCUCGAAAAAGGAACAGUCAAGAGAACAAUCGACGUUGCCAAGAAAAUCGCUGGAAUCCAUUUCGCCUUCACCAAAACCCCAGGUUUCCACCUCGAGUCAUCUUUUUAAUCAUUUUUUUUUUGAAAUUUGGGAAACUUUUUGAAACGCAAGAAAAUUGCAGUUCUUUACGCGGUCGACGAUAGUUUUGGGGUUCACGUCUUCGAUAUUCGUGCCGACUCUAAAAAGAAGCUUCGGUCGGUUUGAUUCAUUGUUCGUUCUUAUCAUUCCAGUUCUGCAGGCUGAAUCCGGACGUCGAGAACCACCAGGCCAAGUGCUCUGCCAUUUCCGACAACUAUAUUGCCAUCGCCAGCUCGUGCUUCAUCCAGCCCGUUGUCAAGAAAAGGAAGAACCAGAAAGAGUAUUCCGACGACGAAGUCAGUGAUUGAUUUCAAGAGAAAAAACGAUUUUUUUAGGUUAAAGAAAAAUUACCACGAUUCCCCUUAUUAGCAAAUUUAAAAUGCUUAAAGAACAUGUUUUUAGUUUCAUAAAAUUUUGUCGUUCUGUUAGAUGACUUCUCUGUACCCACAGUGAAGUGUGUGAAAUGAAAAGAAAAUGAGUGAAAUAGUGAAACAAAAGGAGUUACAUGAAUCUUUAUCAUGAAAAGUCAAAACCAAAUUUUCAUGAAAAGAAACAAGAAUAUUAAUAUUGAAAAUUAAUAUAAGAUGCAUCCAACGACGUAAAUGUCAAACUUCGUUGCAGGCGAAAAAAAAUUGUAAUUUCAUAUGAGAUCAAAAUGUUGAAGUUAACAAAAACCGUCUCACGGACAAAAUUAAAAAGAAGCAGCACGGUAUUCGUAGAAGUUACGUUUGUAGUUACUGUGUACUCUCCUAGCGACGAAUUAUAUUGAAAAUGAAUGAAUAUGGCGUUGUUACAGGAAGACACGAUGACUUCUCACGUCAUCUCCAUUUUUGACGCUAGAAAUCCUUGCGCUGCUGUGAUGACGCUUUCGGUUUGGAACGGUUCUGUUUAUCUAAGAACCUCAAAAUUUUCAGAAAUACCAUCCUGCCGAAAUCACUUCGAUGGCUUUCGACAGGAAAGGAGUUCGUUUGGCGGUCGGCGACAGUGCCGGAAACUUGAAUAUGUUCGAUCUGUUGAAUCGCAAAAAGCCACAAAUCGUUCCUCCAAAACAGGUUUGGAUGAUAUUUUUCUCGAAGAAUAACUUGUAGAAGCAAAAGUGGAACUUUCUGUUUUUGCUUCAAAACAGGAACGAUCAAAAACGUUAUAUUACAGAUUUACAAAACGUUGGCUUUGUGCAUUUUUCCAAUUCAUAAUCAGAAGUUGAGAAUCGUUCAAGGUUCUAAAAUAAAUAGCCUCUUAAAUUUUAAACUUUUAAAUUUUUCGAGAACUAUGAAAAUCGAGAAAAAUUUGGAUAACCUUGAAAUAUUUCAAAAAAAAGUUACUGCACAACAGCCGCUAUUUGGGUUAUGAAACCAAGAUAGCUUUUAAUUUGAGAAAAUGGUUUUCUAUAUAGUAUUUUCAGGGACUAUACGAACGUAUACAUUUCAAUUAUUUAAUAAUUUCUUAAUGUCUCAAUUUCAUCGUAAAUUUAAUGAUUUUUCCGCUAAAUUAUUUAUGUCUCGAGCCAAGUCUCUGGGUGCAAGUAAUAUUAGAGACCUGGGCAAAAUGUAGAAUAACUUAGUGGUUCAGCUCAACGCCACAGUGCUCACAAACGGCUUCAUUUCUCGAGUUGUCCGCUACGCUCUGACGGCGGACAACACUGUCCAUUCCUACGUGGACGACGAUGGAGGCGAAGACAUUCUUUUUGUGUUUGCUGAACUUCAUCAAACGAUGCAUUUCUCGCAAUUUCAGGAAGAAGUUCCCCGACAAUGAGCACGUGAUCCAUGUUAUGAAGGGAUCUUGUGAUGAUUUCCCGGUAGACACCAUUUCCACAAACGACGAGGGGAAGGUGAGAUAACUCAGCUAUUUUCGCUUUCUGAAACGAUCUCAAACUUCAAAUGAACUGAAGUUUCGGACAAGCUGUCGUAAGAAUGAUUUUUUCAGAGUUUGAUCAAUAAGAACUAAACACUGAAAUAUAAAAAAAGCUAAAAAAAUAUUUUUUUCCAUAAGCAAAUGCAAACAUUUUUUUCAAGUUCAGUUAUUUGAGAUAGUAUUAAAUUUUUUUACUUCUAGUAUUUUUUUGAUGAAAUUCGCGAGAUAUAUAGAAGACUAUUUAACAAUGUUAAUUUAUCUUCAAAAUUUGUCUCAGCUCUUCAUCCGGACAAUCGAGCAAGAUGGAGAAGAAGUGAGGCUACUGAAACGCUGGAGUGGCCACAAAAGCCGUGCUCUGGUGGCGGCUUACAACGACGAAAUCGUGGUCACUGGAGGGUCCGACGGGCUCCUCGUCAUCAAUCCUGUGGAUUUGAGGUCAGCUUUCGAAAUAAUUCCUUCUCUUUUCAAAACUCAAAGUGAAACGAAUCCUUUUUCAGCGCCGGAGCUGAUGUUUUCAUCAACGAGAACGAGAAAGCGGCCGAAAAACGCAAGAAGGACCCAGAGGAAGUGAAGACGCCGUCGAAAAAAGAAACCGACGCUAAAAAGAAGGCGAAGUCCUCGAAGAAUGACUCCGAAUCGAAAAAGAAGUCAUCUUCUUCAAACGGCGUCGCAGCUAAAUAA